AAAAAAAGCAAUCAGCGAGUAUUCUUAGCCUUUGCCAUGAAGUCUUAGAUUGAACUGUGACGCAACCUCAGGCAGUGAACACUCACUAACAUGAUUCUUUGAUGUCUUUGCUUUUAUUUUUCAUAUACAGGUAUUUGCAUCAUAUCAAAAAAAAUCUUUUCAUGCUAUUAUGUGUUGUGUGUCUAAUUUUGAAGGACAAAAUGAAUUUAUAAAUAAAAAUCUGGAGAAAGUGAAGCAGUGUGAAUGCUUUCCAGAUGCACCAUACGUAGUGUGACAUGGUGCACCCGUCCGUGUACACCCAGGAGAUGCAGCGUCUUUAAGAGGAUGCGAGCAGCAGAUCUUUAGUCAUAUAACUGUAUUUGUUAUUCGUGUUGAUGUUUAUCACCCAAGAGAAGAAAUGACUGCAGAAAUAACAGUGAAUAUUGAUGGUGAAAUAGAACUCUCUCUAAAUCAUGUCAAGAAAUACACAAAUGCACUCAAAAGUCAAUUCGGGGGAAAAAUCCGUUUUUAUUCAUUAUUGGUGAACUGAAGAGGUGGAUCCCAUUCAUUUUAAGUUGAAUGGCUGUUUUGUGUUUGUUUUGGAAAAGCAUCUGAAAUGAACCUGCACUGGAACUACAGAAUAAAAACACUUUUAAACACAACACAACUCACUGGCUCAAAGGUUCAUUUCAUGUGCGACUUCCGGUCUUGACACAAAAGAUAAGUCAACAGAAUUAUUACUCCAUUAAAUGGGAAAUGGUCUUUCACAUGUAUAGCGCCUUUCCACCUCUCAGGCACUCAGAGCGUUUUGACACUGUUAGCAUAUUUACCUACUGGUGGCGUAGCAUCGGGAGCAGCUAGGGGUUCAAUAUCUUGACCAAGGACAUUUCGACAUGAUUCCGGGAGGAUGGAGUGUUGGGAGACACCCACUCUACCACCUGAGCAUGCCUCCCAUUACAGGUAAGUACCGACGCUCAGCAAAAAAAAGAACUGUACCGAUAAUUAUCUGCACGAUAUCAGCAUAAAAUGCAAUAUUAGUUGAUAUCAGUAUCAGAUUUUUUUCACUGCCAUGCAAAAGCGGUCCUGGUUGGGAUUUGUCACACUCUCGCCCAGGACUAUUAUCAACAGAGCCAUUCACCUGCUUAUAUCACUGUAUAUCAAACCGGCCUCCACCAUGACGUUCACAUGAUGGACGUGGCAUGAUAGACGUACCGCUCACUUGACUAACCAUGCUGGCCCUUUUUGGGCCUUCCUAAAGGCCUCCAAAACCAAUCCUCAAAUUAUGCAGACAUCCACUGUGUAUUGCACAAUAUUAUUAUAGUAUUUGGUCCACUUUUGCUUAGAAACCAACCCGUGUGCAAUGAACCAUGACAACUCAUUAUCUCAACUACCCGAGCCACAAGUCAACAAUAAAGCUGCAAGGUAUAUAGAAGUACAACCGUCCGACCAGUACACCUAUGCAUACAUUUAUACCUUAAAGUUUCCACUGACUGUCAGUAUAGACUGUAUAUUAACCUCAAUAAUUGUAGCUUUGUUCCUUCGUUUUAAUAUAUUUAUUUAUAUUCAUUCAUUUAUUUUCUACCGCUUAUGCUCAUGAGGGUCGCGGGGGUUGCUGGAGCCUAUCCCAGCUGUCUUUGGGUGAGAGGCGGGGUACCACCCUGGACUGGUCACCAGCCAAUCACAGGGCACAUACAGACAAACAACCAUUCACACUCACAUUCAUACCUAUGGACAAUUUGGAGUGGCCAAUUAACCUAGCAUGUUUUUGGAAUGCGGGAGGAAAGCGGAGUACCCGGGGAAAACCCACGCAUGCAUUGGGAGAACAUGCAAACUCCACAAACUCUCACGGAGGGAGGGAUUGAACUUGGGUCUCCUAGCUGUGAGGUCUGCGCACCCACUUGCCCGCCGUGCAGCCAUCGUUAUUAUCAUUUAUAUCAUUUGUGCUAUUGAGAACCUGUAAUAUUAAGUCAUGUACAAACCACUGCGUUUGUUGCUGGCACCAGCAUUGUUUAAGCCGGGGUUGUCUAAAUGUUUUCCUGGCCACAAUUUGAUAUUGUAUAUGUAUAUUGUAUAUUUAGUCACAUAUUUUAAGGGAAAAAACUGCUUCAUAGAUAAAUCUUUUUUUCUUAAAGUCUUUAUAAAUUCUCAGAAUAUUAUGACUCCUAAUACUGUAGUUUUUUCCCAACCUAAUUUUUCAACAAUUAUUAUUUUGUUUAGUUUUCUUUACUUUUUUGUGUGAGUUUACAACCUUUUUCCUUAAUAUUUUGACUUCAGCCUUGUGCAAUUACUGUAAAUUUUUCAAUUUCUGCUGUUUUUAUAAAUUAUAUUUUUGAAAGUGCCACCACCCAAUAUGGGAAAAAACAGGCUGCACUUUGUUUUAAGCGCAUAUAAAUACAUACAUAAAAAGAAUGCCACGACUUUAUACAGGUGUUGUCCCCCUGCCUUUUACGCCCCUGCCCUCCCAAAGCACUACUCUAGAUUGAUACUUUGUAGUACUUCAUUGAGCCAUUGUAGGAAAAUAACUAACAGCCUCAUUUAUAUAGACAGCGCAGGACUGUUGUAUGGACAGUGCUUUCCUGACUGGAUUUUGUUUUGCAUUUUUUCACACUUUAAUGGUUAUGACAACACAAAAAUACAAAAUAGCAGUUUUUUAAUGAAAGUUUUUAUUAUUAAGGGAGAAAAGUCCAAACCUACCUACCCCUGUGUGGAAAAUGUGUUUGCCCACCAAGUUGAGACAUAACUGAGAUUAAUUGAGCUCAAUCAGUCUGGAAAAGCCAUUUCUAAAGCUUUGGGACUCCAGCAAAAAACAGUGAGAGUCAUUAUCCACACAGGAAACGGUAGUGAACAUUCCCGGGAGUGGUCAGCCAACCAGAAUGACCCCAAGAGCACAGCGACGACCAAUCCAAGAGGUCACAAAAGACCCCACAACAACAUCCAAAGGACAGGCCUCAGUUGCCUCAGUUAAGGUCAGUGUUCAUGACUCCACCAUAAGAAAGACACUGGGCAAAAAUGGCCUGCAUUGCAAUGUUCCGAGACCAAAACCACUGCUGAACCAAAACAACAGUAAGGCUCGUCUCAAUUUUGAUGAUCCCCAAAACCUUUGGUCUGACAAGUUGGACAUUUUUUGGAAGGUGUGUGUCCUUCCUUCACAUUUGGUGUAAAAGUAACACUGCAUCAUACCAACAGUAAAAUAUGGUGGUGGUAGUGUGAUGGUGUGGGCUCUUUUGCUGCAGAAUCUGGAAGACUUGCUGUGAUAAACGGAACCAUGAAUUCUGGUCUCUACCAAGAAAUCCUCAAGAAUGUCCGGCCAAUCUUUUGGUGAAACCAACUUGGGUUGUGCAGCAGGACAAUGAUCCAAAACACACCAGCAAGUCCACCUCCGAAUGGCUGAAGAAGAACCAAAUGAAGACUUUGGAGUGGCCUAGUCCAAGUCCUGACCUGAAUCCUAUUGAGAUGACCUUAAAAAGACUUCAUGCUGGAAAAGCCUCCAAUGUGGCCAAACAACAAUUCUGCUAAGAUGAGUGGCCCAAAAUGAUUAAGCCUUAUAAUAUGCCCCCCCCAACCCCCCAGGUUCAUCCAUCCUCCAUCGUCUUUUUCAGCUUUCUAUCGCCUCUUUUUGCAUGUGAGCGGCCAUAAAUUGCUUUGGAGAGAGACGGCACCCAGAGCAGAUGCAUUGGCAGGAGGUUUGCCCCCCACCCCCCACCGCCCCCAUCCACGCCCAUCCCCCCUUCCUCCUUCCUCCUCUUGUCUUUUUUGUAGUGUUGGCACAGAUUAAAAUCUGAUGAACGUGAGCAAGACCCACCGUCCUGCCACACACAGCUUCUCCUGCAGGAGCUGCAGGAUAACGGUAGAGUAACUGGGGUGGGGGGGCUGCAAGGCAGGGGAAGGUUUAAAAAAAAAAAAAGGAGGAGGGGCUGUGGAGAGCUGGUGGGCUUCCUCCCUCUGCCUCACAGACACAUUUUAUUGACUUGCUAAUUGGAUGAGGCGCUCGGAGGAGAGGAUGCGGUGACCGAGAGGAGCUAGAGGAAGGAUACGGACACGAGGAAGCAUCGCCAUCUAUUUCCCCUUCCUCCUGUUUUUUGGGAUGGGUGUGCAUAACAACAGAUGUCUUUUUUUUUCUUUCUCCCAGCAGCGCUUUUACGCAUGACAUUGUCAAAUGGAGGAUCCAGCUCAAGACGCAUCGUGACAAGUGAAUGAUUUCCAUUUUUUUCCCUCCCCAGCAGGCUCCCUAUUUUUUCUGUGUUGGAUCGAUUGUCUCUUAAUUGUCAGCCUGGUCUGAUGUGCCGAAUCCUUCAUUUGUGCACAGGGUCGACAGAUUUGACGCCAUGACUGAGGUCCCCCUGGUCAGAGAGCAGGUGCCACAGAGCUGAGCACUGAUGUCCCAAUGAGCAACGCCGACAACCCACAGAAACGCACCACCUACCUCAUCUCCCUCACUCUGGUGAAGGUUGAGGCUCUUCCAGAGGAGGAUGUAGCCAGGAACCAGGAGGAGAAGGAUGCCCUUCCAGAGGGGGAAGCAAAGAAGGAGGAGGAGGUGAGAAGAGGCCCUAAAGAGGUGGAUGGAUGUGUCGGUCCUCAAGUGGCGGAUAAAGAGAGCACCCAAGUGGAAGAAGUCGCGGAGCAGGUGCAGGUCAAGUAUGGCAGCCCUAAUGACAACUGGGGGAGAGCUGAGCGGAGAGACCAGAAGGACGUCGUCCCACCUGCUAAAACCAAGGACCCGUCUGUCGCCCCACCCCCGGCGAGGCAAAUGGUGAAGGUGUACAGCGGAAGCAGCUUUGAGACCACCGUCCGCAGAGAGGGGCCUCGCUCCGAUGCCUUGCGCCCCAAGACGGAGCUCUACCGGGAGCCGCCCAGGCUCUACCUCAAAGGCGACAACGGAGCCGAGCUAAACAACCGCACACGCUGUAGCCUCCCGUUUUCCAUCCCGCCUCAGGCGAGUCAGCGCCCCGAAGUGCUGCUGAGGACACACGCGGGGGCCAACUCUGCAUGCUGGAGGGAGGCUAGAGAUGCUAACACAAGCUUGUAUCACUCCGCAAAGACUCUGGAGCGCAGGGAGGCGCCCCCUAUGGUGGCAGCUCCAACUCUGGGACCUUACAGGGCCUCCUGGGCCGACAGCGAUGGACGGGGAACGCUCAUUCGUCCAGCAGCUCCCCUCAGUGGAGGCUAUUCCGGGAUAAUGAACAAGGAUAAUGCUCAUGAGGACAGAUUUAAGGUUUCCCUGGCUGCACCCGCCGCCUCUGAUGUGAACCGGCCGCAAAGAAAAGGGACGAGUCGCACCCUGGACAACAGCGACCUACAUUGUCUCUCCGAGGAUGCCAGGCGGGGGAAGGAGGGCCAAGGGGGAACAAUCCAAAGAGCUCCUCCUCGUGACCGCAAGAUGCUCAAGUUCAUUAGUGGGAUUUUCAGCAAAAGCGCAGCCGUGCCCUCGAAUGUCAGCACUGCAUCGGCCCUCUAUCCAGCCGUGGAGAGGGGCUCCAGCGAGGAGGAGGCAGCAUGCACCAGCAGCCAGGAAUGGACCAUCACUCAAACUGUACAAGAACUGCACUUGGCUGUGUUGGGAGGUCUGUGCAGUGGGAAGUCCGCUCUGGUCCACAGACACCUGACAGGAAGUUACCUGCCGCUGGAGAAUGCUGAAGGGCGCCAGUACAUUAAGGAUGUCCUCGUUGAUGGACAGAGCCACCUGUUGAUCAUCAGAGAAGAGACAGAACUCCCAGGAGCCCAGUUGGCAGGUUGGCUGGACGCGGUCAUCCUGGUCUUCAGUUUGGAAAAUGAGGCCAGCUUCCAGGAAGUGUACAAAAUCUACCACCAGCUCGCUAGCCACCGGCCUGUCGCAGAGAUACCUUUCGUGGUGGUCGGCACGCAGGAUAAGAUCAGCAGCAGCAACCCCAGGGUGAUCGAUGACGGCAGGGCCAGGCAGCUGUGCUCGGAUGUACGGCGUUGCACCUACUAUGAAACCUGUGCCACGUACGGCCUCAACGUCAACAGAGUCUUCAACGAUGCUGCUCAGAAGAUCAUGGCUGCCAAGAAACAAGCUGCUUUACUCGCUUCCUGUAAAUCACUUCCCAACUCUCCCAGUCAUUCUGGAGGCUCCACCCCGGUGUCUGGUGUCUUUCCAGGACAGGCCAGUAAUGGAGGUCAGAGUAGUGAUUACUCCUCAUCGCUUCCCUCAACCCCUGUGAUUAACCAUAAAGAGAUUGGUAGGUCAGCCAGAGGCGAGAAACAGGACAGCGGCACUCCUGGUUCGGUGCGCAGCGCCACCCGGAGACGCACAGCACGAUUUGCGGGUCGCAGAGGCAGUGACUCAGCCAGGCGAAGUGCAGACUGCAAAGGAGAUGUGGGCAGCGGCCGCUUCAUUCCUAUCAAGCAGGGCUUCUUGCUCAAGCGCGGCGGCAACUCGCUCAACAAAGAGUGGAAGAAGAAGUACGUCACCCUCUCCAGCGACGGCAUACUGUCAUACCAUGCCAGCGUCAACGACUACAUGCUAAACACCCCCGGGAAAGAAAUGGACCUGCUGCGAGUGACUGUGAAGGUGCCGGGCAAGCGCCCCCCUCGUGCUGUGCCUACCGGCGGGCCUCCAGUCGGGCUCAACGGGAGGGUCAAAGAUGGGCAAGGACCUGAGGGUGUCAGCCUGGUUCCUGUCAGCGCCAGCAGCUUCCUGCAAGUAGACGACAUGGACGGGCUGGGAGGAACGCUCUUCCUGAGGAGUAACAGAGGCGUGCAGCGCUGUGCCUCCAACGUCUCCAACCACGCUCAAAGUGUCGACUCUGCAUUCGAGGGUGUGUCCAGCUCCUCCUCCACCAAAGAUGUCGGCUCCACAUCCCCAGUGGAGGACAGGAAGAAGCAUCGCAGGAAGAAGAGCAUGAACCAGAAAGGAGACGCCACCGUUGGCCAAGCAGAUGCCAAGAGGAAAAUGUGGAAACUGAAAAGCUUUGGUAGCUUAAGAAACGUGAGCAAAACAGAUGAAGAAAACAAUGACUUCCUCGUUGUGUCGAGUUCGGGCCAGACGUGGCACUUUGAAGCCCAGAGCGUGGAGGAGAGGGACUCCUGGGUCCAGGCCAUCGAGAGCCAGAUCCUGGCCAGCCUGCAGCUAUGCGAGAGCAGCAAAAACAAGGCUCGCAAGAACAGUCAGAGCGAGGCGGUGGCGCUGCAGGCUAUUCGCAAUGCAAAGGGAAAUAAUUUUUGCGUCGACUGCGAUGCUCCAAAUCCCACAUGGGCCAGUUUGAACCUGGGCGCCCUCAUUUGCAUCGAGUGCUCGGGCAUCCACAGGAACUUGGGGACUCACGUGUCCCGCGUGCGAUCUCUGGAUCUGGAUGAUCUUCCCCGAGAGCUGACACUGGUGCUCAGCGCCAUUGGCAACCACAUGGCUAACUGUAUAUGGGAGGCACGCACAAUGGGCCACCGUAAACCAACGCCCGAUGCCACCCGAGAGGAACGGGAAUCGUGGAUCCGGGCUAAAUAUGAGCAGAAACUCUUUGUGGCGCCUUUGCCCCCUCCCAGCCCGAAUGAAGGUCCAGACAUCACACUGUCGGGUCGUCUUCUGCUGUCGGCGAUGGAACACAAUCUCCCCAAACUGCUGCUGCUCUUGGCCCACUGCACGAAAGACGACGUCAACGACGCCCCCAGCAUGGCGCUCUCCUCCAGGUCUCUCCUGGCGCUGCGGCUGCCCGGUUCUGCUCUUCACGCCGCCUGCCAGCAGGCCGACGUGGUGAUGACACAGCUUCUUGUGUGGUACGGCUGUGAUGUUCGUUGUCGGGAUGCUCAGGGUCAAACGGCGCUGACCCUGGCUCGCCUGGCGGGCAGCCAAGAGUGCGCCGACAUCCUGCUGCAGUACGGUUGUCCCAACGAACCCGCCCCUUCCGUCGCCACCACCGGCGGAUUUGCAUCAGGGCCCGUUCCCGGCUUCCCCGUCGCCAUGACGCAGAGCCUGACAGUGGCCACCACUCUCAAGAUCUCGCACAAGAGUGGCGGCACCAGCUUCAGCUACAGCACUUCCAGACGAGCCGUGUCGUAAUGGAGAGAUGGAAUUGGUGUGUGUGUGUGUGUGUGUGUGUGGAUGUUGCACUACUGCUGUGAAACACACACUAUGUACACACACAUACUUUUUAUUUGGGAACGUCAAAUGUAAACAACUGCAAUACGCUUUUUAUGAAUUGGUGUGUUUGUACAGUGGGGGAAAUGAGUAUUUGAUUCUCUGCUGAUUUUGUACGUUGACCCCCUUACAAAGAUACGAACAGUACAACAUUUUCAUGGUAGAGAAAAACCAAGUCCCGCAAAAAGCAGGCUCAAAAUCCAUCACAGCAAGUGUAUUUUUCUUACUGACUGUGCUCACAACUCCCUCGGCAUCAUCAACCAGCUCCUCUCUCGCAAUCAUCCUUACACCAGCAGGUGCCAGGGUGAUUGACUGUUUUCCAUUCCUGAAGUAUUGCAACAAUAGUAGUGCUCUCUUUCACACCAGGCUCUUUGGUCUUGCCCAUGCUGUAGGCAAGGUGUGGUUUUUUAUCCACAUAAUGAGUCGAGAUUUUGAAUACACUUAGUCGGAUAGGACUCCAAUAAAAAACACUCUGUGGGGGUCAGAAUGCUUGCUGGUAGUUGGGGAUGAAGUACUUCUUUCCCUGGAUCAAGUACAAACUGUUAUGCUAUUGUUGCACAACAUUUUUGCAUUUUUGAGGGAAUUUCAGGGAUCCCAAACACAAACCCCCAAAACUCACUCGGUCGUGCCCCUUUUAUCAGGCCCCAACACCAGUUUUACAAUCCCGGCAAUCGGGACAAGAUUCACAUAAAAGUCCCAUAAGGUUGCAGGAAGUCGGCCAUUUUGGUUUCCGGGGUUGUAUUUUAGAAACUAGUCUGAGGCACUUUGACCAACCACAUGAAGAAGUUAUAUUGGGAAGGACUUCAGGCUGUUCCAUAAGAUGUGGGUGGGACCUGGCAACCAACUUUGAUGAUCAUCCAGGCAAUUUGCCACUAAAUAGUAAAUAGUAACUAAAUAGUAAAGGUUAAUCACCCAGUUCCACAAGGUCAGAUCGUUAUCUUUAUUAGUACAUAAGAUGACGGUAACAACUUGAUGCCAUUCAUUGGUCACCUUCUAAUUUUGUCUCAGUGGCAACCGGAAAGGGAAUGCGAAUGCACGCUGACUCACAUGAACAUUGAGUUAUGUGGGGGUGCUCCUCGCAAGUUUAAUGUAGUAUCUUUGCUCUUAAAAAUACACCUACCAUAAAAAUUCUGAACUAUUCAUAUCUUUGUGAGUGGGUAAUAAUCCAAAACCAGCAGGGGAUGAAAUACUGACUUCCCCCGCUGCAUGGAACACUUCACAGGUGUGUAUAUUGUGCGUAUACAGUCGCUUCUUUUCAAAGUUGCGCCACUGUUUUGAAGAAAA